CAUCCAUACAUAGAACACACCAUCCUCAAGAGGCUCAGAAAAGCAGAUGAAGAAAGGACCCGAAGCACCACGGCGGUUUUCUGAUGGGGGAGGACGGACGAAGCCGAUCGUCAUACUAGGGAGCUUCAUCCACUCGACCUCGAUCGACAGACUCGAACUGAUCGACCGGAACGGACUCAUGAUUAUCGACUCCUCCGGCACAAUAGUCUGUCUCGAGUCCGCCCCUAAUCCAUGGACCUACAAAUCCUUAGAGGAGAAAAUCAGGCGUUGUUUGGCCGAUGGGUUUCAAGACUUCGACCUGCUAGAAUCUGUCAAUUUAAUCGCCUUACGGCCCGGUGAAUUCUUCAUUCCCGGAUUCGUGGACACUCAUACUCAUGCCGUGCAAUACCAGAACAUUGGUGUUGGACAGCAGUAUACACUGCUUGAUUGGUUGAAAUACAUCACAUUUCCGGAGGAGAUGCGUUUCGAAGAUGAGCUCUAUGCCAAGCGGAUGUUCGAGAAAGUCGUCAGCCGUUCGAUCCAGGUGGGGACAACGACAAGCUGCUACUACAGCUCAAUCCACCUUGGGGCUGCCAAGAUCCUAGCUAAAGUCUGUCAUCAGGCUGGCCAACGAGCAUUUAUUGGGAAGUGCAACAUGGAUCGUAAUGAUUCGGUCGAUCAGUACAAGGACAUCUCGGUCGAGCACUCGGUGCAAGAUACGAUCCAGUUCAUCAAUUUUAUCCGCAAGGAGUGUUCGUCAACCUGCCACCAAAAACUGGAGAGCAAAUCACCUCACUGUACAACAGCAGCAUCAUCAUCCAAUGUAAGCCCGCGGGUUGGAUUAGAGAAACAUGAAGACUCCAAUUAUUCGCUAGUCCAACCUAUCAUUACGCCGCGAUUUGCAAUUUCCUGCACUGAUGAGCUACUGGGUAGAUUAGGGGAGCUCAUGAAGACGGAUAAGCAACUUCGUCUCCAAACCCAUCUAAGCGAAUCACUCUCGGAGAUUGAAUACACCAAGAAGUUGUUCCCGGCUUACUCGACUUAUAGCGAAGUGUACGACGCGUUUGGGCUGUUGACCGAGCGGACGAUUCUCGCGCAUUGCAUUCAUCUCGAGCCGAGCGAGAUCAAGUUGCUUGUCGAGCGGGGAUGUGGGCUGAGCCAUUGUCCUACGUCGAACUUCAACCUUCGCUCAGGGAUCUGCCAGGUCCAGAAGCUCAAGGCGGCCGGGUUCGACAAGCUCAGUCUCGGCACCGACGUCUCUGGGGGAUACGGCGUGGGUAUCCUGAGCACGAUCAGGGACGCGGCCUCGGCCGCCAAAGUACUCAGCUUCCCCGACUCAACCGAUCCCGAUCAAGCCGGCAACCGUCCUCAACAAUUAUCGAUCGAGAAUCUCUUUUACUUGGCCACUUUAGGCGGCGCUCGCGUCUGCAAUCUGGACGACCGCGUUGGUAACUUCGCGCUCGGUAAACGGUUCGACGGCUUGCUGAUCCAGACCGGCGCCGCCGCUGCGACCACACUAGCUCACCAAAACUUCGACUCGACUGGUGAUAGCGUCGAUCGCCGCUUCUCAGACUGGAUCCUCGCCUCACAAGCAGAACCGUAUUUGGAUGGCUCCAACCCUAACUUCUUUGUCGAUGACCAAAAGAAAGAGAUUGAUUUGUCCCAUCUGCUGGAAAAGUUUCUAUUCACUGGCGACGACCGGAACAUUGGCGCUGUGUUCAUCAACUCAGUCUGCGUCGGCGGAUCUAGACCUCUGGCAUGAGCACGCAUCUAUAUAUCUAUAUUGUAUAAGAUUAUCUCCUCCUUUGUCGUUUCUCUAUAGAAAAUAGAUCCUCAUCACAUCCUUCCUCACUGGAACCAUAUGUAACCUUAACAUGAUUUAUCAUUGUUUAUUUCAUUUAUUGUGCUUGAACAGCUUUCCAUAGACAAUGUAUUCUCUCAUACAUAUGUAUCUUCUCAUCCUUCAUGCCUCUCUGAUUUACACCCACUAUUGCUAAUCAGGAUUCAUCCAUUAAAAUCUUUCUUGUCUUCAUUAUGCAUCUAACAAUUGUCUGUUGUUAGCUAAAGAAACUAUCGUAGAAAUGGAAUUGUAGACAGAUACAAGAUUGAAUAUCAAAAGACGAGAUG